GUUUGAAACUGUCAGGUUGCUGCUAAGGAAGCCGCCGGACUCGCUGUUGUUUCAGCGGCAAAGCGGCGAGAAGACGCGGAGGGAGGAAUCCGGGUUUGCGGAGAACCGAGGCGCAUCUGUACAGAAUGUCAUCAGAUGGGAAAUGCUCACCUCCAGUUUUGCAAAGUGGCUCCGACCGAGGCAGCUCUGUCUCUUCAGAUCUUCAGGAAGAGUAUGAAGAACUGCUUCGUUAUGCUGUAGUGACUCCAAAUAUUGACUCAGGUGCUUCACAGCCGCCUCAUUCCAAGGGAGAAGUGGUGCCAGAGACUAGAAUUCCUCCUAUAAUGGAUGAUAUUCUUCAGAAUCAAGCAGAAAAUAGCUCUGCAGUAAGAGAAACAAGGAUGGAAGUUGGAAAAGGAUGUGAUUUAAAUAUUUCAAGUCAUUCAAAGACAGAUGGGUCAUCACCAGUGUCAUCCCCAAGGAAGCCACCUCACCCGGUCAUGGAUUUUUUUAGUUCGAAUCUUUUAGGUGACUCUUCGUCACCAGGGUCUAAUUCUAGUCAUAUAGAUGCCCAUGAAAUAGUUGUGAGUGAUUUUCUUAUUUCUGAUGAAAACCUUCAGAAGAUGGAAAAUGUACUUGAUCUUUGGAGUUCAGGUCUUAAGACAAACAUCAUAUCUGAACUAAGUAAAUGGAGGCUUAAUUUUGUUGACUGGCACCGAAUGGAAAUGAAAAAAGAGAAAGAAAAACAUGCAGCAGAUUUAAAACAACUGUGCAACCAGAUCAACAGCUUGAAGGAGCUACAGAAAACCUAUGAGGUCUCCAUUGGGAGAAAAGAUGAGGUGAUUUCUAGCUUGUCUCAAGCCUUAGGCAAGCAAAAGGAAAGGACAGAGUUGAUGAGAACGUUCUGCCACUGGCGAAUCGGCCUUGUCAAAUCCAGACAAGACGUCUAUGAAAGUAAACUAGCUGACCAGUACUUCCAGAGAACUUUACUGAAGAAAGUCUGGAGGGGCUGGCGCUCCAUAGUACAAAAACAGUGGAAAGAAGUGGUGGAACGAGCUUGCCAAGCAAGAGCCGAGGAAAUUUGUGUCCAGAUUUCCAAUGACUAUGAAGCCAAACUUGCUGUGUUAUCUGGAGCUUUGGAAAAUGCAAAAGCUGAGAUCCAAAGGAUGCAGCAUGAAAAAGAGCACUUUGAAGAUUCCAUGAAGAAAGCUUUCAUGAGGGGUGUAUGUGCGUUAAAUCUUGAAGCCAUGACUAUAUUUCAAAACAGAGGUGAUUCAGGGAUAGACUUCACAAAAAGGGAAGAGCAUGGUCCUGGUGUUCAAGGAAAAGAACCUCCUGCUCAUUUGGAUCCUUCCGCUCCUCCGAUGGCCUCAGCGGCUGCCCUGCCUCCGUCCCCACCGGCAGCAGCUCCGGGAGCCACCGGCGCCGCUGCCUUUCCUUCCGCUGCUUUGGUCACUUCUGCAGCGGCCGCCUCCACUUCCUCUGUUCACCUUCCCGUUUCUGCUGCUCACGGUGCUGGAGCCACAGCCACAGCAGCCGCCCCAGAAGACGUGUUUGUGCCCAGGGUUGUGACAUCGGCACAACAGAAAGCGGGAAGAACAAUCACAGCCCGGAUCACAGGGAGAUGUGAUUUUGCUUCAAAAAACAGAAUCAGUAGCAGUUUAGCUAUAAUGGGAGUUUCUCCUCCCAUGAGCUCUGUUGUUGUGGAAAAACAUCAUCCGGUCACAGUGCAAACCAUCCCUCAAGCUGCUGCAGCAAAAUACCCCCGGACCAUUCAUCCUGAAAGUAGUACUUCAGUUUCCAGAUCUCUCGGAACCAGAUCAACUCAUAGCCAGUCUCUCACAAGCAUUCAUUCCAUAAAAGUGGUUGACUAAAAUGAAUAUGUUCACAUUGAGGUCUUUUAAUUCUUCUGGUUUUACCAAGGAUUAGAAGCCUUUAGUUUUUUGAAUUCCAUAUUCUUAGAACAUCAUGCAUUCAUCAUGUUCAUCUUUUCAAAAUUAGAAGAGACUUUUUCAUGCUAUACCAUCCUUUGUAACUAUAUGUAGGAAUAUUUUAAUGUUAUUUUUUUAUUUAAGCAAUUAAGUAAAACUUUUUUAAUUAAAAAAGAAACUGGACUUUCUUUUAAUAGGUUCAGCCUGUCACUGAUUAUAUCGUCAAAGUGUAUAAAUCCUGUUUUUGCAAUGUUAUUUCUAAAAGGCCAAAUCAUUUCCAAUGUUAUCAGCGUUGAACCCUUUUUUGCUGUGAACAUCCAGACAUCAUCCUGUGGUGGUACAUCCCCGGGCAAUUCAGCAAGGCUUCCAGGCCUGGGCAGGGACUUUGCAAUGGCUGGCAAUAGGAAGAAACCAUCUGGGCAAAACUGUUUUAGGAGAGUAAGACUGGGCCUCAAUGGUUUUAUUGCUGGCUGACUGGGUUAUCUUGGGCCAGACAGUUUAAUCUCGGGAUCCUCAUCUGUGAAAUAAUGCAAUCUGCCUACCUCACCUACUUUACAAGGCACUAAUGGCUUACCUAAAGACGAGUGGACGCUGAAAAACUUGUGUACAGCCUCAGUUUCCGUAUCUUUAACAGAAGUGGAUGGACUUAAUAAUCUGAAGCCUCUUUCAAUCUGAAUAUGAUCUAGCUCUGUGCUCUAAUUUUACUACUGGAAGUAGUUUUUCUUAUUAACUCAUGUUGUAACAGGACAUGAGAGAAUAAAUGUAAGACAGAUAAAUAUCCCAUUUUCUAAAGGACACACCAAGGCUUUUUUGAACUAUAAAAGUAUCUGGCUAUGUGUUAGAGAGUAUUAGAUCCUUCUUAUGCAACACUUGUUCUGGGUUCUGGCCAGCCACUGCUGCAGCAGACAGCUCCUCCUGGGUCUCAGUAAGCACAAACCAACAGCACCUCGUCUCCUGCUGCACUUACCAGGGGCAUGCUCCUGCCCAGGGCUUCCCUGUGCAGAGACACUGGCACUUUCCACCUGGAGCCAACUCACACGCAGCCCGGAAUUAACACGCCAUUGGUGUAAACAGAUAGUUCUUCCUUUCUCCCCCUUGUAUGAGUUGUUCUGAGAGGUACUGGUCCAUCCUUGAGGUCAAAUAAUCAGUUGUGCUUGAUACCAAGCAUUGACCAAUUUAAUAAGUCACCCUGGUCUUGGCUCUCGCUCCUCCCACCCCACUCCCCUUUUCCUUCACUCCCGCUUCCUUGGAUUUGCACUCCUUAAAAAAAGCAUUUCUCAUUAACUUUGGCCUCGGGCUCUGCUUUUUGAGGAACCAACAUGACAACUAGGAAUGGCAGCCACGCCAUAACCACAUGAAUAAAGAGUGUUGUGGACACUGUGAUUAAGAAGAUUGUUAAGUAUCUCUUUAAGCUUUAUCUCAACUCUAGAAAUUGUAUACUGUCUAAAGCACCAAGUAAUUAGUGUUAGCCUAAUUCAACUUACAUUCAAUUAAACUGUUUAAACAGUAAGAGUAUGUAUUCAUAUUUGUUUAUUUUUGCAUAAAGAGGUUACCCAGAUUUGGGGAGGGAGGAGCAGCAAGGUCUGAAAACUGGCGAUCUCUGAAGAAGAGGUGGGGACAACACUUUUCACUACCUUUCUAAAAACUUUUUGGAGUCAUGUGAACAUAUUAUGUGUUUUAAACAUACAUGGUAUUAAGUGUACUAUUUA